ACAGGGUACUUGUCGACACGUCAAAUUACACCGACCGCCUCAUCCACUGCCUUGCGACCAAUCCCAGUGUUGACCAUUAUUAGCCGACGCAUACGCCUCGUGCUUCUCGCGGGCAGAACACAUCCUCGCCUCAGUUCCCUCCCAUACCAGUCAUCCUUCGAAUUCAGCCGUCGCGCUGUCGCAUUACACGGUGUCGCGUGCGUGACAGGCUUCUCGCUUUGGACAUCACUCUCCUGCAGGCAGGCCAAUCAUCUCACCAGCUCUUCAGCCCAGACUAUCGCCAGCAUACGAGCCAAGCGCCUAACGGGCUUCCCUGGAGGCUUUUGACUUGCGAGCCUUUUCCAUCUUUCGAUGCUGGUAUUGCCAAUCACAUCUACCGACCAAUUGAGGGUCCAAGCGCGCGCCAUCCAGGCAUUGCCCUACAACUCCAACUAAAUUUUGGGCCCAUCCUGCCGAAGUUAUUCCUAGUUUCCAAGCAAUGUUUACGUCCCAUAAAGGUGAUAUGGCGUCACAAUCCCGACAGUCCUCCGUGGACAUGUCGGCCACUCUCUCUCUGUCUUCUGCUUCGACCACGGAUCGUUGGGCGUCACAAGGCUUUGAAGAGUUGCCUUAUGGAGUUAUGCAAUCACCCGAACGCAAGGUCAGAGCACAUCCAAGCAAAAGAACCUCCGUGUUCAACAUGAGAUCCCGGAGCAACACUGCAGCAUCAACGUCGUCCACCGUCCCGUCUAUGAGCCCUCCUACCAUUUCGCACUUCGAUUCGUCGCGACCUGGAACGCCGAGCUACGAUGAGCUAUCAGGAUCUAUGAAAGCGUUAUUUCGUGGAAAGAAGGGAAAGAGAUUGAGCGAGUCUGUCUCGUCAAACAUGAUGUUCGCAGAGUAUCAGGAGAAGGAAGCAAGCGACAAACGAACGUCGGUUCUGCGGAAAGUCAAGAGGAAGUACCAUCACGAGGAAGCGCUACCCGCAGGCCUGAAGCAUCGCAUUUCUAGCCCAUUUGGUUUCCAGCACCUCACUCACGCUGAUAGACAACACCAUGCUGUAUACGAGCACGCCGCGGGAAACAAGCUUUCCUCCGGCUUCCGUACCGUGCCAACAUCAGCUGCAACUGGAGCCAACGAGAGCCAACUCCACUUCUCUAAUUUCUCCUCCGAAAAUCUGGCAGGUUCGGAUCAUCAGUCGUUCACUCAAAGUCCUCAGAUAGAGCAAUCGGGCUCUCCAGUACAAGGACAUGACAGGAAGCCAGCUCUUCGGUUGACGCGGUCUGUGGAAAGCUUCAGCCAACCCGGCGUGAACAUGCGCAACCACCGCCACUCACAGUCUGUUCUCGCUCCGCCUCGCAUGUCUUCACUUGCACCUUUAGCGCCGAUUCACGAUCUGCCCGAGGAUGCCAACCAACACGUUGGGAACCAUCCAUCUGCCCGACGGUCGAAACGGGAAUCUGGUGUUUGGGAUUCAUUCUCUCUUGCCAGUGUCUCAGCUGAACCCAGCCUUCCUGGUACGAAAGACGAAAACGUAUACUUGGGCCAUGCCUUCACUACUCCAGAUGAUACCGCGAUUCCUGCUAUGCCAUUGUCCUUCAGCCCAUGCCUAGACGACGUCUCUGAGGAACCAGAAUACUUUAGUCGACCCCGCCCUGCUCCUCGACCUCCAGCGCGGAGCCCAUCAACCCCUCGAUCCCCGUACUUCGAUUCCAUGAUCUUCAGUAACCCGCGGUCUCCGAAAGGAAGAGGGCGCAACCGCGCACUUUCGCAUACAUCUCCUAGGUCCACCAAUCAGGGCAAUUCAACCUCGCGGCCUGGUUCCCAGGCUUCAGAGACACUAGGAUCUGCUAGUUUUGGUCGACACAGUCUAGCCAGGAAACCGUCUACGAAAAGGCGCCAAUCGAACACGUGGCGCAUGUUUGAAGAGUCGUGGGAAGAGGACAUCGACUACAUAUACGACAACGCCUUGGAGGCUGACUGUGAUCUGGAAUGGGACCGUGUGUCCGAUGUAGACGUUGAAGAGAGACUGCAUUCUUCGUUUGAUCAGACAUAUCGGCAAGGACGCCGAGCGUCAUCGAGCGUCGAACCGCUAUCGCGUGGGUUAGAACCUGCAUUUGAACCUACCACACGCGACUUUCGGGUAUCUUUACUCGUGCCGAACGUACCGGACCUUGUCCCGACAUCUGCAACCUCUGUGUCGACCCCAGGGACUGGCCUGACGACGCCGUGUGACCCAUUCCAGGGACGCUCUGAAGGCCAAUUGGAAGGCUUCAUGGUGAGCCCUUCUCUCUUGGUUCCCCAAGAGUACAAGGAUGACCAGGAGCACAUGUACGAAGAAAUGCUCAAUGCAUACGAUGACUCGGAUCGUCAUUUCCCAAUGCUUGAUCCUCGUCACAGCGCUACUAGUUCUGCCCGUAGCAGGCGAAGCUCAUACGACAGCAGCCUCAUGUCUUCGAUUCAAGGGUCUGCUCUGUGGAGUUCUCCAGUGCGCCGUUCUGCCAGUUCCGCCGGAAGUGUUCCUGACCUGGUGCCCUCCCGACGAACAACUCGACGUGAUCUUAGCUUCAGCCUUGUUGUCGACCAGCUAUCCGACUCGGUCGCAUCGCUGUCCCACCUCGAUGAGGAAAAGGAGGACAAUGACAUCACGCCACCAGGACGUACUCUGGGGAACAGGACCUUCUUCCCUGCUGCCGAUGAAUCCGAGGAACCCUCCAACGACACAAUCGAUAUUGGGGAAAAACUCAAGGCUUCUCUUGAACUGGCUCGACACUCUUCGCGGGGAUCGCGUCACAGUCAAGCUCGCCAUAAGCCUGCACGAUCUGACGGCGCUGCCAACCUCCUCGCGGCGGCUUCCGAUCUCCCAACGAAGCCGCGCCGCCGAGCUGCAACUGCAUCUGGCAGGUCGCCAUUGCUCAACCUCUUUCCCACACCACCUCAAAGCUCUCCAAGCCUCCAUUAA